AAGACGAUGAGCUAUGUCGGAACUUUUAGCCUUGUAUCUACUGCGGAACUAUUUACAACAGGCCACCGGAAGCGGAAGUUGGCUAAGCAUCAGCAUUAGCAACGUGAAUUUAGCUUCUAUCGGUGGUUGUGUGAUAUGAAGGUAAUUCUCCAAUUUAGGAAGUAAGUAAGUUUGUUAUCCCAGGUGCUCGGAAUGGAAAGCAGAAAACGACAUAAGCGGCCUGAAUCUCCCAUACGUGACGCAAAGAUAAAAAUUAAAGAAGAAAAACUCAGUCCAGUUCGGGCUCAGAGAUCACGCCGAUCAAGUUCUGGAUCUAACGGCUCAAGUCCCCCGAGGAGACGAGGCAGCAGAUCACCGCGCAGGAGAAGGGACCGUUCACCGGGAGUAAGGGAUAAGACGAGAGGAGGUCGCGACAAGUCUCCACCAAGCAGAAGUCGUAGUCCGUCUCGGGAUGCCGAUAUCAAAAUUAAGCGGGAACGUGAAGUUCGUGGCGAUGAAGAGAGGAGGCGUCCUAGUCGAUGGGAGGAUGUGGAUGACAGGCAGGUGAAGAGAGAGGCAGAGCGCCCACGUCAGAGAGAGAGGGAAAGGGAGAGAGAGAGGGACAGAGACGUGGAAAGAGAUAGGAGGGGAGGUGGAGGGAGAGGAGGACGAGUUGAACAUGCUCGUGAGCGGGAUAUUCACGCCUUCCAGCAGCAGUCAGCUGAGAGGCAGCGCCACGACGAGCAGCGCCUGGAGAGGAGAGCCGCUAGGCAGGCUGGGAACGAAGAAGACCAAGCCUUUGGUGGGCCUGACCAGGAAGAGGAUGAUGACGCCACAGCCGCCGACAAGGAGAAACCCAACUUUGAACUGUCAGGAGCCCUGGUGGAAGAUACCAACACGUUCAGAGGGGUGGUGAUUAAAUACAACGAGCCGCCUGAGGCCCGCAUCCCUAAGAGGAGAUGGCGCCUGUACCCCUUUAAGAAUGAUGAGCCGCUCCCAGUUAUGUACAUCCACAGGCAGAGUGCCUACCUUAUGGGGCGGCAGAGGAAGAUUGCCGAUAUCCCCAUUGACCACCCCUCCUGUUCCAAGCAGCAUGCAGUUUUCCAAUAUAGGCUGGUGGAACACACCCGGGCCGACGGAACCUCUGGGCGUCGGGUAAAGCCCUACAUCAUCGACCUGGGCUCAGGCAAUGGCACAUACCUGAACAACCAACGCAUUGAGGCCCAGCGCUACUACGAACUGAAGGAGAAGGACGUGCUCAAGUUCGGCUUCAGCAGCCGCGAGUAUGUGCUGCUGCAUGAGACCUCCGACACCAGCGAGGUGGACACCAAACAGGAAGAGGACGACGAGGAUGAAGGCCUAGACGAGUAGGGGAGGGGGUCAAGCUCGACAAAGACUGCCCUUUGAGGCACAAUGAAAAACCUCCUCUUUGGUUGAGAUCACCGACUACAAAAUAGCAGGUGACGAGGAAGACACGGUUAUUCGAACUGUUUUCAUGUUGUAAUGGAAAAAAAAAGUGGAAAUGUCUCCACAACAUGUCUGUAUACCGACAGGCCCCAGUGUCCAUGGAACUAGUGUAUAAGACAUUCUUAUCUCAGGUGGUUAGUCUGAGUGCAGUGGUGCAGUUUACACACUCCACUGCCUCUACAAGCUCAUGCCAACUCCUACAAGUGCUUAACGCCAGCUUCAUGCGCUCUAUCACAAGACAUUGCCAUGUAUUUAGGAUUAGGCUUAUUACUAGCCUAUAUGUUGUACCUCUGUUGUACAUGUCCAGGCUAUUUACUGUCAAUGCACUGGAUGUAUUGAAAGUUUGUGCUGGACUUUUUUUAUUUUAAAUCCAGCAAAAAGCAGUGGGUCACACGGUAUUAUAGAAGAAAAUGAAACCAAAACUGUUUUGUGGGCCUUUAUUCAGCUCCUCUGUCCUGUUUGUAAGCAGAGUGUGGAGUACAGUCGCUGUACUUUGUUAUCUUCAUUGAGUUUAGGUGGUAUCCGAUUCCACUGGCAAUGCUCCUCAUCACUGGUAUCAUCGUACAAAGAAAUUGAUUAUUUUCAUGUAUUAUGAGAAACACUUUUUUUGGUAAGCUCCAGAGUAUCUUGGCAUAUAUAUUUUUGGUUAGUUUUAGAUGUUUUGUAUUGUAAAUAAACAUGUAAAAAAAUCGG